AUGGACGUGCUCGGGAAGAGCAGCCACCGUGACGGUUCUAUAUACAAGCGCACGCAUGCGUGGAAGGAAAUCUAUCGCAUCGCGGAUCGUAACGACGCAUGGUUGGAGGCAAUGACGUUAACAGAUCCCGCGGGCUGCCUCAUUGACAUUGGCAGUGGAUAUUGUAAGCGUCAUCCACCUAGCCGCAUGUUCCAAUUUUUCUCUUUAAAGUUGGCUAAAACUCCUAUCGAUGAUAGGCCAAUACAGUUGUAUGGAUACAUAGCAGUGCGAGAUCAUUUGGACCUAUUGCUUAAUUACGUCGUCAAUUUCAGUAGAGAUGAUCCCAUCAGCGUGGAACAGGGUUCUUCCAUCAGCAUGGUCGGGCCGAAGAGAGGGAUAGAUCUGAGUGGCAACAUUGUAGUCGAAUACGACAUGAGGAUCAAGACAUACGAAGAAGUAAAGCAUGACCUACAAUUGAUCGACGGCGCAUCGAUGAUACGCCACAAGGACCUGCGGGAUCGCCGGGCAUUUACGAGUCGUAUCCACGGCGACCACGGCGCAAUAGAUCUCACUGUGUCGGCCCUUGAUGACGCGGUUGAGGCGACCGUGGAAGUCGUCAGAACGGAAGUGCAGAGCAGCUUCGCUCUGCGCCUUGGGUGCUUCAUUGGCGGGGUGGAUGAGGAGAUCCAAAUCUUCGACGGCGCCGUCGGCAGCGAGGCACAUGGGUUGAAAUUAAAAAGGUUUGUGGUGGCUGUAGCGAUAAGGUCUUGGAUGAAGCUGGAAUUCAAGGUGGCCCCGGAGUCGGUGCGGUGUCAGAUUGCCUUCAUGGCGAACAACCAUGGGGUUUCUUGUCGGAAUAUGAAGAUGGAUUUUGCAUUGUUCUCAGUGAAGAUGACAUGGUCGUCUUUGCCUUGGCGGGCACCGAGCUUACACCGGCGGUCCAAGAAUUCAAGCUAG